AUGCCUGCGGGAUGCACAGUUUGGAUCAUCCAUUGUGUUCCUGCCGGCAGUGGUUCUUGUCCCGCCACCGUGGUAGACGUCAUAGAGCUGCCCAAGUUGCACAUCAAUGCCAGCAUGCUCUCUCAGUUCAUCGAAUGGCCAGUAUACUUUGUAGGGAAGCUGAGAAAGAUUCAUCCCGGUGGAAAAAUGUUUAUUCUUUCAGAUGGAGAAGGAAAAACUGGAACUGUUGGGUUGAUGAAACCUCUCGAAGAAGUCUCUAGAGCUGUGGAAGUCAUUGGAAGAGUAACAUCAAAGACAACCAUCAUGUGUGCAUCUUAUGUCCAGUUCAAAGAAGAUAAAGAUCUUGGACUUUACAAUGAAGCUGUGAAAAUUACCCACGAGUUCCCUCAGUUUUUUCCUUCAGGGGAAUGA